GGCCCCGCCCAGAACUCGGUGGCCAAGCGCGCCCGCGACUUGGAUGUCGACCCAGACUUGGAUGCCGAGACCAUCGGGGGCGGCCAGCUGGCGCCCGCGCACAAGGUGGCCAAGAUUUCGGAGAAGCUUGGCUCGGCGCUGGACCACGGGCUCGCGACCGCCAUGGGGGGCGAGGCCUCGGGCACGCAGCCCUCGCGAUCCAACGGCCCCUGUGCGGCAAGCCUUGAACAGGGGAAGGGCGCGUCUGAUGAUCCCGCGAGGGGUACUGCUGCUUUUUGGAUCGUGAGGCUGCCGCUUGACAGAACCCUGAGCGGCGACGCGCUCAACAAGGCCAAGUGGCAGGCCGAGCAGCUGCUGAACAAGAGGACCCUCGAUGGCCACCAGCGGCGCAGGUUGCGGGCCCACCUCGACUUGCGCGACACUGCGAUGAACUUCUGGCUCUCUCGGAUCGACGAUCGCUCUCUCGAGGACCUCGCGGCUGAUGCGGAGAAGCUGGCGGCGGUGAACGUCGCCCUCUGCGCGAAUACGAAGAUGACGAUCACGCGCAAGGCGGCAAAGGACUCCUGGGCCAUGCUGAAGUGCACCAAGCAGCACGACGCAACAGCGAUCGAGAACGCGUCUGAGUGCGUGCUCCAAGUGUUGAGGCCUUGGCGCUCGCCUGGCCAGGUCACGUUCGAGGUGUCGCACCCGUGCAUGGCGGCGGCGGGGCUCUCGGACCAGAGUGUCGCCGAAGCCGUGGUCCACGAGGUGUGGGCGAAUAACAUAUGCGAGCUGAUUCCCGACGACGGGGUGAAAAGGGACCACUUGGAGACGCUCAUGCAGACUAUGGAGAAGCUCUGGGACAUGCCAGUGGACGCAGUGAUCGGCGACAAGGCCGCGACCGCGUUCGUGGAGUCCAUGUCGGCGAAGUCGGCCCUGACCUACGUCCCAAACCCUGAGAUCACGUUGGACUUCGACACUGACAUCUUGGACACCAUUCGAGAGUUGCACGCGGCGUCUCUGAAGACCUCGGGUGAGUCGUCGGUAUUCUCGGCAGUCGGCCUGGCAAUCAAAAACGACGUCUGGUGGGCAACUAAGUUCAACGCCGCCCUCAACGCGACCAAGGUGCCCGAUGCCUUCUGGAAGGAGGCAAGCAACUUCGCCAGGCUCAAGGUCGUUACCGUGGCGGACCACUUCUUGCGCAUCGGGACGCGGGAGGAGUUGAGGGCGAACGGCAAUGAGGAGAGGCUUGCGUUCGAAGCCCUGAGCCCGCUCAUCAAAGCAGCAGUCGUUGCAUUCCCAUCGGACGACCACCUCAGGAACGCGGCCAGGUGCAUCAGGGACGCGGUGAACCAUCUCUCGAACCAGGACCAGAUCAUCGACUUGACGACCCUUGCGGACACGCUGGUUGCGGACGGCACUGACGAGGCGGCGGAGUCGCUGCUUGCCAAGGCGGACUCGAUGAGCCAGAAGGCGCUGCAAGGAAACCACGAGGCCUUUAGGUCUGCCCUGGAGUUUGUGUCCGCCUCGUUGACAAUGGAUGAGAUCGUGAGGGGCGAGAGCUCUGUGAAACUCAAGAUACCCUGCAACUUUUCGAAGGCUUUUUCCAAGGAGAUGCCCGAGCACGCCAAGAUCUACAACGCGGCGCUGGAGUGCUCUCAGGCCCUGAGGCGCUUGGAGGCGAUCGAGAGCAACAAGGAUGCAGUCGGUCCAGGCGGGAUGCCAUCGCCGAAGUUCGAGAACGAGUUAACCCAGACUGUUCGGUCCAAGCUUGGCCUGAAGUCGAUGCUCUCCGAGUUGCCAGCUGACUCCUUGAAGGGGUGUCGGGCCGAGGUGGAUGACUUGGUGGCCCGCGUCGAGAAGACGAGAGACUCUCUCGCCCACGAGGUCGUCGAGAAGUACGCGAUGAAGGCCGACUCGUCGAAGCAGAACGUCCAGGAUUUGAUUAAGUUUGCGGCGGUGGAGGAGUGGAUGGAGCAGUCCAGCGUUUCUGUGUCGACCGCUGCCUUGGUGGCGCUCUUCAACGCCACGCUGGGCAAGGUGCCGUCCGAUCGCCUGACCUGUGCGGGGGACAUGCUGGAUCAGGACCUGAAGAAAACCCGAGAGAAGGCCGACGCGUUCGGGGUGAAGAUCCACAAGCAGUACGGCGAGCGCGGCGAGUACGAUGCCGACGUGACCAUGGUGAACUCGCUGGGCGCCAGUGCCAUCAUCAUGAACGGCGCUGCGCAGGGCUUGAAGGGGAACGCGAUGCGCAUGAAGUGCUUGGAGGCCCAGAAGAUCUUCAAGGCGAACAACAUCAUGCCAGGGAGCCUGCCGCCCAUCGUGAAGGAGCUGUUCCAGAACGGCCUCAAGCUCAAGUCCUAG